AUGUCGAGCUUUGAGCCUACGAAUGGAGAGCGGCAUGUCGCUAUCAUAGGUGCUGGUCUGGCCGGUAUCGCUGCAGCUUUGGAGUUGAGGAAACAGCUUGGAUACGAGCGUUUUACGAUCUACGAGAAGGAGGACUCCGUCGGCGGCGUAUGGAGGGACAACACCUACCCCGGCUGUGGCUCCGACGUCCCCGCGCAUUGGUACUCCCUCUCAUCCGAGCUCAACCCCGACUGGCAAUCCUACUACGUCUCUCAACCCGAUAUCCGCGCAUACUGGCAAGCAGUUUACGAGAAACACCGUCUUGAGUCUCACACGUGCUUUCACACCGAAGUCGUCAGCGCCGAAUGGGACGAGUCUCAGCAACUGUACCAUAUUACGCUUGAAGAUACUAGGAGCAAGGAGCAGAGGAGCGUUGAUGCGAACGUGCUGUGGUGGGCGGCGGGAGGGUUUCAUGCGCCGUUCUUCCCGGAGGAUGUGCCGGGUGUUAGGGAGUUUAAGGGCGAUGUGUGGCACUCGGCGCGGUGGAAUCAUGGUGUUGAUCUGAGAGGGAAACGCGUUGGCGUGAUUGGGAAUGGGUGUUCCGGCGCACAGUUCAUCCCGAGGAUCUCGAAGGAUCCCUCGGUGCAAGUGAUCAACUUCGUUCGCAGUCCUCAGUGGUUUGUUCCCCGACCCCAGUAUGACUAUCCGGCCGCCGUCAAGGCCGUCUUUCGAUACGUACCCGGCAUCAUGCGGACGUAUAGAGCGUGGAUCUAUUGGAAGUCUGAGUUGGGCUUCCUGGCGUUCAACGAUACCGAUAACUUCAUGCAUAGGGCUGUUCAAAAGCUCUUGACUCAGUACAUCAAGAAGACCGCACCGAAGGAGUACCUUGACAAGCUCAUUCCUGCAUUCCCGCCAGGCUGUAAACGCAUCAUCGUCGACCCGGACUACCUCGAAUCCCUGCACCGCCCAAACGUCGACCUGAACUGGACACCAAUCGCCAGCGUCUGCGAAGAAGGCAUCCGCCUUUCCACAGGCGAAGUCGUCCCCCUCGACGUGAUCAUAUUCGCAACAGGCUUCUCCCUCCUCCCCCCGCGCCUCCAAAUAACCGGCCGCUCCGCCCUCACCCUACAUUCCUUCUUCGACUCCGUCGGCGGCCCCUCCGCAUACCUCGGCCUCUCCGUCCCGCACUUCCCGAACUUUUACAUGUUGUUAGGACCGAAUACGGCCGGCGGGCACGCGUCGGUGGUGUUCAAUGAGGAGGUGCAGAUCGACCAUGCGCUGCAGCUUAUACGGCCGGUUGUGCAGGGGAAGGCGGCGGCGUUCGAGGUGAAGGAGGGCGUGUUUGGGAGGUAUAAUGAGUGGUUGCAAGGAAGGCUCAGGAAGAGCGUUUGGGCGCAUUGUAGGAGCUAUUACCGGGGGAGGACUGAGGAUGGACGGAACUAUGCUAUCUUCCCAGGACCGGUAUCACUGUUCUGGUGGAUCACCCACAAAGUUCGCUUCUCGGAUUACGAGGCUAUAGGCGCCGAAAAGUUCGAGCGAGAGCGCCGCCGCAAGCGGUGGGCGGCGAGCAUCGGCGCGGUCGUGUUGGCGCUUGGGGUUGUGCUUGCGUAUCGGGCUGGGUGGAAGUUGCCGGUGCUGGCACAGAUGGCGAGGAGGAUUGUCGGGUUUGCUUGA